AGACACCAGCGCAUUCACACCAGAUAGGCCCGCCAACGGCGACCUGAAGAGACACCAGCGCAUUCACACCAGAUAGGCCCGCCGCCGGCGACCUGAAGAGACACCAGCGCAUUCACACCAGAUAGGCCCGCCAACGGCGACCUGAAGAGACACCAGCGCAUUCACACCAGAUAGACCCGCCGCCGGCGACCUGAAGAGACACCAGCGCAUUCACACCAGAUAGGCCCGCCAACGGCGACCUGAAGAGACACCAGCGCAUUCACACCAGAUAGGCCCGCCGCCGGCGACCUGAAGAGACACCAGCGCAUUCACACCAGAUAGACCCGCCAACGGCGACCUGAAGAGACACCAGCGCAUUCACACCAGAUAGGCCCGCCAACGGCGACCUGAAGAGACACCAGCGCAUUCACACCAGAUAGACCCGCCGCCGGCGACCUGAAGAGACACCAGCGCAUUCACACCAGAUAGACCCGCCAACGGCGACCUGAAGAGACACCAGCGCAUUCACACCAGAUAGACCCGCCGCCGGCGACCUGAAGAGACACCAGCGCAUUCACACCAGAUAGACCCGCCAACGGCGACCUGAAGAGACACCAGCGCAUUCACACCAGAUAGGCCCGCCAACGGCGACCUGAAGAGACACCAGCGCAUUCACACCAGAUAGACCCGCCAACGGCGACCUGAAGAGACACCAGCGCAUUCACACCAGAUAGACCCGCCGCCGACCUGCCAGACUUUUGGUUGUUUCCACUACUUCUGCACAGAAAUGGUUACCGUCGUGUAAAGAGACCACCGUUAUUGUCAUCCAAUAAAGAUCAAUUGGAAAUUUAUUUUAUUCCCCCCCCCCAAACACCUAAACUUGAUGCGACUACAUUUAGUGUUUAUAACAGAAUUCAUGCCGUAUUUACACAAGGAAUUAUUCAACCCAAUUCUAAUCAUUCAAUUGUUCCCAAACUAUAGGCAAAGUGACUCAACUUCCACGAUACAAGCGGGGAAACCUGCACAGCAAGCUGCCCGUGGGCUCACGCCUGUGUUCAGGCCACUGAAGACUUCUUAAGAAAAAUAAAAUCACAAAAAUAAAUUAUGGCAUCCACUAAAACAAUUAUUAGAAAUGCCACAGUCCACUAGCAAAUUGGGUAACAAUUCAGCCAUACAGUGAAAUGUGUAGCCCAUGUACUACUGAACUUUACAAGUCAGUCAUUCAAUAGAUGCUUUCACAUGGUAAGCUUGAGUUGGGAAGAUCACCAAAGGUCUAUGUUUCCAGGUAUAAAUUCCGGCUAGGUAGCAACAAUUGGCAAAUCUAAUGGAACCAGGAGUUUAUAACAAAAUUCACGUACUGGUUCCAGUAGCCGUGCAAACGGUGGUGCGUUCUUGUGUAACAGAACUUUCGCGUAGACAGUCUUCUUUUGAUUUCCGGCAGACUAGGCACGGUCAGUGCAUUGCUGCCUCGCGUAGACUGAAAUGGUGGGUUUGUAUAUAAAAAAACAGAAAUGAAUCCUGAUUGGGGAAGGUCGUUCCACCCUCGCGGUCAGGGGUACAGAGAAGCCGGGCAGCGAGGAGCUACUAUCGGCCGCUCGAAAAGACAAGACGGCGAGCUGGAGGAUGAUGAACACACAGAAAGGUCUCGUUGGAGUGUAUAGUGUUACCCUGUUGUAUAAAGAGCAACUGGGAUUCUAAGAUGGUCUCAGUUGGUCAAAUUGGGAGAUCAAGAUGGUUGAGCCCAGGGACUCGUUUUUAGUUCAUCAACCAACUAAAAGUGUCGAAAAUACACAUUUGACCCUGUUUAAUUUAAAUGUAUGGGGUUUGGGUUGGCUGUUUUCCAACAGACCCGCUUAAGACGGGAAAUCACUGCGUAUAGGAAGACACUAAAAUUCACAGCUUAGUGUAAGCGAUUUGAAUGCGGACAUCACUGGCCAGUGAAGGGUGUUUAAAAUGGCGUGGCAUGUGAAGGCUACCGUUAAGCAACAUUCUGGACCAGCUGCGGUGGCCUGAUCGCUAUUAUAGUCCUCAUUGUUUCGCCAACUCUUCUAUGGGUGGUUACACCUUCGUCCCGUAACUUGGGAAAGAAAGUGCGAGUCUGCGUGUUGCGUUUUGGCAUUCGAAACACUCCUGAACUACGAGCGGAAGACGACGAACACCGCUAGGAUAGGCCAGACACCACAAACAACGACAACGGAAGCAAGGAUCCACCAAUCGCGGUCAGCGUUGUUCUAUUUAUUGUAACCAAGGUGUGUCGUGAUUGGUGGAUCUCCUGGUAUCGUCAAGAGUUCUGGGGUGAUGAGGACAAGAUCCCACCCCGAAUAUUUGUUAUUCAUUAUGUUUGACUGGGACAUAGCAGGAGGGAUGCUUCUAAUACCCGUUUCUUCUCAAACUGGUGUAAAAACUAACUAACAUUCGUUUGCUACAUCUCUGUGCCACGAAUACUCGCACCGAAACGAAAGCCCCACUCACCCUGGAGUGCUGCUCUAGAGAGCCCCGCCCACCCAGGAGUACCUGAGAACACACCCCGGUCCAGGAUGUGGGAGGACGCGCGGACCUCCUUCCACUCCCAGCUGGGCUCGGUGAUGGAGUCCCUCCUGGCCGCGGCCGUGUGCCAGAUCAGCCGCAUCUUCGAGGGCAGCCUCUCGGACUCGCGCGCGGAGGUGCAGCGGGCCAGGGAGGAAGUGGCGCUGCUGAACAGGAAGCUGGAGACGCUGGAGGGCCGGCUGAAGGAGGCCAGCUCCACCAGAGAUGCCGUGACCUUUGACCCCGGCAGCUUCGCUCCGGCUCCAGGCGUUCCCCUCCUCCUGCCUGACCUGCUCCCCCAUGACGAGGGGGGGGUGAAGGAGGACCUGGAGGUGACCGAGAUGGAGCUGGUCAGCUUCAGCCUGGACAGCGCCGUGGUCUCCAUGGCCAUCAAAGAGGAGCAGGAGCAGGAUCCUGAGCCGCUGUCGGAGGAGCGGAUGGGCCCCGAGGAGGCCGGCCCCGGGGCCACAGGAGCCAUGGGACUGAAGGCGGAAGGCGAGAUUCAAAGGGCCGUGCGGAGUGCCGGGCCCAAACCGCUCCAGAACCCGGAGCUGCUCCUGGACCUGUUAACGGAGCACGUUCCGGUCCAGCCCAGCUUCUCGUCGGACGGGUCCGGCAGCCUGGGAACACCGCGGCGGUCCGGAGGGCUCGACGAGCACCCGGGCCCGUUUGGAAGCGUGGCGGCCGCUGGCGAGGAAGGUUCCGGUUUCUCGCCCGUCCCUGAGGUCCUCGACGACUUGACCGUCACCGCGCCGUACUACCGCCACCAGCCACGCCCCCUCCCCAGCGGGGGGGCGGACACCGGCAUGCCGCUAGGCUGGCCGGACGGCGAGACGGCAUGCUCCGAUUCGCUGUUCAGCGCAAGGGGAGGGGCGUCGAGCAGGGCCCCGCCCCUGCAGGGCCCCCCAGGGGAGAAACCGUACCCCUGCCCCAGCUGCUCCAAGGCCUUCAUCAGCCCCUCCCACCUGAACGUGCACAUGCGCGUGCACACGGGGGAGAGACCAUACUGCUGCACGCAGUGCGGGAAGAGCUUCGCGCACAACGGAAACCUGCGGGCGCACCACCGCCAGGUGCACCUGGGAAAGAGACCGUACCCUUGCGCAGAGUGUGGGAAGAGGUUCAGCAAGCGGGGAAACCUGAGGACUCACCUGCAGCAGGUGCACCUGGGCAGGAGGCCGUACCCCUGCACCCACUGCAGGAAGGCCUACUUCUCUCUGCGGGACCUGCGGACUCACCAGGCACUCCAUGCGGUGCCGUAGUGUCAUGGCUCUUUCCAGUCCCGCAUUCCCUUCCUCUUUCUCCUCUUCUUUUCUCCUCUUCUUGCCCCUCGCUCCAGCCAUCAGGACAGGCUGGGAAAAGAUGAGGGGGGGCGGGGAGAAGUCGAGAAUUAGGCGAAUAGAAUGUCCUUGCUCCUACAAACGUCAGUUCGAAGCCGCCUCCGUUACAGGCGUGGCCGAUAGAGAGGUGGGUCCGCAGGCUUUCCGAAAAAAUAAAUAAAUAAGGGGCUGGAAUGUCCGUAAAGAUGGCGAAGCUGGAUUCAUUUCUGGGUCCGGAGCACGGUAAAGAGGAAGAGAAGUGAUUGGAUGAGCCCCCUGACUUGUUGGGUUUCAGUGAUGCUGGUUUGCCCGUAGCAUUGUCCGAUGUUAUGUAUGUCCCAGGCUGUUUAUGGAAAAUAAACACUGAUAUAUUUUUCGGUA